GUGAUAUACCUCGUGUAUGCCAUUUAUCAGCCCACAUGAUAUUUGAUCUUUGGAUGCAGAUUGUUUGCUUGACUAGAUAACCAUAAAUCUCCUUGGUUCAAAUACCAGGUAUAUUAUUAGAACUCAGUCAUCCUGGUGGCUUAGAAUUGUCUAAACAUGGCGCAGAUUUUAGGAAAGAAGAAUUGUCUUGGAUUUAUCAUCAUUUUGCAGAUCGUUCUGUGCCACCAUUUAUCAUCAAGUGCAGAUUGCCGAGGUGUCAGUACAGAAGUAGUGUGUACGUGUGAUGACUUUGGACAUUGUGAGCGAGGAACGGUCGAGGUAGACGCAUGGCUGCAAAAUACACUCAAGACACAGGUUGAAGUACAGCUCGACUUGUCAUUUUAUCAUGCACAACUCCUGGACGCACAUAAUUCAUACAAUACCCGACCGUAUGGAACUUUGUAUGGGGCUAAUGAUACAUGUACAUGGCCACCCCCGUACAAUCCCAGCCUGUGUAUUGGGAUUGCUAACCAGGAGUUCAGUUUGACAGAUCUUCUCAAUAUGGGAAUCAGGGCCAUCGAGCUCGAUAACUGGUAUUGUGAAAAUGAGAUGCGCAUAGCCCAUCUGGGGAGUACCAUUGCUCAGUUAUGUAACAGCGAACACGUUCUCUUCUCCCAACCCGUGGAAGAGAUCGGUGCGUGGUUGGACGAAAACGAAGGCGAGUUCAUCAGACUUUAUAUGAACGAAAAGUAUGAUCAGGGCAACGAUGCCGCGGUCAACGGGCCUUUUGAGCGUUACCUUGGUGACCGGGUCUUGACCCCCGCUGACCUCAGAAACAACUACAACAACGAGUGGCCUACAUUAAGAACCAUGCGAGAGGAUGGCAAAAGCGUUGUGAUUGCUCAUCUUGCCACAGCAGGAACUGAUGAGUUCUAUACCCAUCAGGGCAAGUUUAUCCAUCCUGGAUUCUGGAAGGACAAGAAACGGAAUGAGUUCUCUAACUAUCCCCAAUGUGGAGGAAAGAACGAGACCAACGCGCUCCGAUUCUACAGCGACAGCACUCAUUAUGUAUUCGACAAUGAGAACAUCGACGGUCCUACACGAGUGGGGAUCAUCGAAGACUUCAGCGAGUUCGUCAAGUGUGGCAUUCAGUACCCUGGUGGUGAUCAGGUCAACCCUCAACUGAUGGAGACAGCCGUCUAUACGUGGGCUAAAGGAGAGCCAGCGACACCAAUCACCGAUUCGACGUCGUGUAUCAAGCUCAGUGGCACCAACAGUCGUUGGUACACACCGACAGACUGUUCCCAAAACCUCUACUUUGCAUGUCAGAGCCUCUCGGACACAACCGAUUGGACAUUCAGUGUGUCUGCUGGCAGCUAUGACGUCAACACACGAUCGUGUCCGUCUGGAUACAGGUUCGCGCUGCCUCAAAACGGAUACCAGCAUCAAAAGCUGCUGGAUUCGAUUGACGAUGUCGAUGUUUGGCUCAACGUUGCUCCCCUUCUCGCCGACUACCAACAUCCAACACCACCUGCACCUACCGAAGGUCGAGCUCAAUCACUCUCCGCCAUCGUAUCCGUGGUCGUUCUGGCUGCAGUAUCUGUCAUCCUCGUUCUCUAAGAUCAAGCGACGGAGGGAGGCAAUCGACAACUUUUUUUUAGGGACACCUCAUAUAGCAGGGUGGAUGGCUAUUUUCAUAAUUCGUUUUUAAGGGGUGGAGUGAAUAAUUGAGAGGGGAGAUGAAGUAAUUGUGACGUUAUGUAAGUGAUGCAACUGUCUUAGAUUUGUCACUGGACGUUUUUUUUUUGUAACGGAAAGGUAACGGGUGAAAGGAAUUAUGAAGUAUCACUGCAUGUCAGAUCUUGUUUUACCAUGUGCAUUUUAUAUGUUUAAUAUUGGAGCAGUCCUUUAAGAAAAAUUUAUUAAGCACUACAGUUAGCAUUUGAUUUCAAGGUUUAUUUAAGAAGUUAGACGUUUGACUCGUUUUAAUAAGCUAAAUUGCACAAUCUUUUUCUACGUUGUCUCAUAUUCCACACAAACAAAAUCACAGUUUCUUUUCUCUUUGACACCCGUCUCCAUACAUUUUCCCAAUUCUCUUCUCUUCCUUUUAUAUUCAUAAAAUAUACACCUAACAAAUAACAGUUCAAUCUCAUUAUUUUAUCACACGUCACCAUGUAAUCUGUCUCAUUCCUAGACUACAUUCGCAGUUAUCGAUUGUAUUUAUGUACGAUGAUUUGUUUCGAAGAAAAAAUCUCGGCCAUCAUAAUUAUACAAAGCAUUAAUAGAUACUUUAUCACUUUCUAUAGCUAUAGUCUUCAAAGUAGCGCCACCAGAUGUAGUACUGUGUACAACGAGUUACAUGCAUUUUAUACUUUCAUAUUUAGUGGGAGAAAAGCUCAUUUAAAAAAGAAAAAUAUCUAUACAGAAUAUAUUAAUUAUGGACAUUGAUUAUCAUAGUUUGUUGAUGAAGUAUUUUAACGAAGACUUAUCGAACCUGUAAAAUGCUUUAAGAGGCUUGUAACAGGUAAUAUUAGAAGCAGACUGAAACAUUUCACGACCCUAGCUUCAACAACUAAGUGAUCUGUCAUACAUUUACUUAUUCAUUCAGUGUAUUAAAUUGGAUGUACCUGACCUUUUAAUUUCAUUUGAGAUGAAUUUACCAACAUUUUGUUAAUUUCUUUCCUUUAUUUCAUAUUUUCACUUAGGAUGCUACCUGUAGGCAACAUUUUUUUUCUCUGAGCAAAUACAUGUACAUGUAUUUGACACUGCAUACCGAAUCAUAAUUAUGUUCAGCUACUUAAAAUGCAUGUUAAAUGGGUUUAGGCCUAUCAAGAAAAACACUGUCUAUAAAUAUAUAUAUCUCUGGAAGAAAUUAUACCUAUUUUUACAAACAUUAUUCUUAUCCAAUAAACAAUGAGUAAAAAA